AUGGCAGAGGUCAGCGAGAAAGAACAAAGGUUUCUUGCAUGGCUGCGGGAGCAUGGCGCGAAGUUCGACAAGCUGGAAUGGCCAGUGUACCGCUGGCCUGGGAAGCCUCACGAUGGCGAGAGAGGAGUGCGAGUGAUCAGCGACAUCGCUCCCUGCGAAGAGAUGUUCAGCAUCCCUGAGAAGAUCCUGAUGAGUCGCAAGUCUUGCAUGGCUUCUUCCAUCGCCCAUGUCUUCAGGAAGCACAAGGAUGUCUUGUUCUCGUCCAGAGACGAGCUCGCGCUGACGCUGCUCAUCUUGUACGAGAAGUUGGACCAGGGGAACGCAUCGUUCUGGAAGCCCAUGAUCGACAUCCUCCCUGCAGACCCCGGAGCAGCGUCCAAGUGGAGUGAGGAGGAGCUGCAGGAGCUGCAGGACGAGUCGCUCAAGGCAGAGGCGAUGAUUGUCGUAGCCAGUAUGCAGCAAACGUACCAGCGGGUGCUGCGGCCCAUCCUGGUGCAGCAUGGCGACGUUUUUUCGGUGGACAGGUACACGUGGGAGGAAUUCCGUUGGGCGCUGCUCUGUGUGGAGUCGAGGACGUUCGGCCGCUUCCUCCCCCAUCCUUCCAUCGUCCCCUUCGCCGACCUCCUGAACCAUGUCAACGUACAGACGAGCUACCGGUGGCUGCCGGAGGAGAGGAGGGCCGCGUACAUGUGCGACGCGAGCGGGGAGCAUGUUCAUAGGAGGGGAGAGGAAGCCUUCAUGUCCUAUGGGCCGAGGAGCAACGCGGAGCUGCUGCUGCACUACGGGUUUGCACUGCAAAGCAACAGAUAUGAGGCUGUGGAGCUCAACUUCCGCAUCAAUACUCUCCAUCACUCCAAGAACAUUCCAUGCACGAAGAUCUUCAAGACUUGUCUCAGACCUCAGGUUCCCUGCUUCGACCUCCUUGUCCUCUUCAGAAAGUUUGUGCUCGACAAGUCGUUGGGGCCGUCAGGGAAGGGCGGAGGCUCGUUCACACAUGAAGAGCUGCGGCAGAAAUGCUUCUGGGAUGCCAAGAUGGAGGAAGAAGCUCUUUCGUUGUUGAGGAAGGCUCUGAUAGACUGCGUCCGCAACAACUUCCCCACAACCUUAGCAGGAGACUGGCGGGAGUACAAGAGCGCUGAGAGCAUGAGGAAGAAGUUCUGCCUCAUCUACCGGAUGACAAGGAAGCGCGUCCUCCUUCAGCAUGCCCGCUUCAUGGCCAUUGCUCUGCACGAGCUUCAGCUCCAGCGCUGCAAGGUCGGCUCGCAGCAGCAGCAGCAGUCGACUGCUGUGUACGUGGAAGGAGACGAUGAGAGAGGAGGAGAGAGGUUGUGGGUGGAUAGCGACUACCUCAACGGGGCAACGAUGCGCUGGAGGGAGACGCUGCUGGCUGACUCGAAUGUCGGGGACCUCGAACAGUAUGACCUGAACAUGUCGGAGCCAGUCAAGGCGGGAGAGGAGGAGGAGAGAACAAGAAGCUACAACGAGAUCUGUCAGCGAUCCCUGGAAUUCAUCCACCAGCAAGAGAGCAGUGUUCUGAGCAGCAGCAGCCUCUCCUUCCACCAGUCUGCCGCCGUCGGAGACAACCUGGCGACGAGGACGGUGACUUGCGGGGAGGACUUCACAGCUCUGGUGUGCGAGGACGGGCUUCUCUUCACGUGCGGGGACAACACUUGCGGCAAGCUCGGGCAUGCGAGGACAGAGUUUGACUGCAGGCCUUCAGUGACUGCCCAGCAGUUUGUGCUGAGAGCCAAGGUGAGGGAGGAAACGAGGGAGUAA